AGGCAGAGCGAUUCUCGCCACAGCUGUACUCCGCUCUUUGUCGGUCUCUCUGCUCUCUUGCGCUUUUCUAUCCGGUAGAAGGAUACAAAGAGAGAGGGGGGGACAGACAGCAUGAAAUAGAAAGACAUGAGCGUGAGAGCGACGGGGGCAACAGAGGGACACGAGAAACCCUAACCGGACUACAGUCUAGUCCAGACACGGAUACUAAUAUCUGCAGACUGGAUACGGAGCUCCGCCGAUGUACGCACUGGAUUUAACCCACCAAAGAGUGCCGAGACCCGGGGGAGAGGAGCGGACUUUGUCGCUCAGGACUGUCGGGGUUUAGGAGGGGAUCAUGGAUAAAACUUUGCACAUUCUCCAGAAAUCCGCAGACGGUGUACCGACUGGGAUCUCCCUGGAUAUGAGUUUGAAUAUGGACGAAGGGGAAGAUUUCACGGAGCAGCAGAUAGUGGGGCUCCCGGACAAAAUACCUCUGGUGAAACCUUAUUUCAAAAAGAAGCAGAGGAAAUUGGACCCCAAAUGCCUCCACCGCGCCCUGGAGGACCCUAUACUGACCACUUUACUGAGCACGGACACGCUGGUCUCCGGGGAUGGGGUGUUUGUUCCCCGGAACCAGCCGGGCCGGACUCCGGGAACCCUUUGCGCAGCCGUGGUGAAACAGAACUGUAUGGGUCAGGUGUGUCUCAAAGACCCGGGAGCUGCUGACGAUGCUACCGCUGGGACUGGAGUACCGGGGUUGAUGACCCGGGACGGUGAUGUGGAAAUAGCCGAUACUACUGCGGAGCUGGAAGAGACUGAGCGGCGAGGGGAGCGACCCAAGAUCAACGACCCUACCCCCGACAGCCGCUGCUUUCAGCCAAAACCUGGCCUCAGAGCAGCCGGGAGCACAGUGACAAUAACGCCCCCCAGCAGGGAUAUACCUCCUAUAGUUGCAGCCCAGGCUCCUCACCAGGAGGGGGGCGUCAAAAGCAAUGACCUCUUAACCUCUGGGGCUAAAAGCCUUCCAGUCAAAGACUGCACCGGUGUCCAGGACCCCCAUCCACUCAUCCUACAGCCUGACAAAAGAGUGCUAUUUCAGGAUAAAAGCGAAGAAGCCUCCCUAGACCUGGUUUUUGAGCUGCUCACCCAGCUCCAGUAUCACACGCACCAGUCGGACUCGGUGGACAUUUGUGUGGAUUUCCUCCAAGGACUGUGUGUUUAUGGCAAUGACUGUGCCCACCACCACACUGUGCUGCCCUACCACUGGCAGAUCCACAGGAGCAGUAGUCAGACGUGGCAGAGCAUAGCAGACGACUCCCAGGAACAGCUGGAGAGACUGUACUGCAACCCGGACAAUGAGCAAGUCAGGCUCAAGUUUCAGGGUCGAGUGUUUUCCCUAGACUUCGGGGCGAUGAGAGUGUGCGACCUGGAGUUUGACCGCGUCCGACGACUGACCACCCCCGCCAGCCUUCUCCCCGCGCCUACAACAAAUCCAAACCCCACCCCCAGCUGUCACACAGUGUGGAAAUACUACUGCAGAGACAACUUUGGCUGGAGGGAAUACUCCGAGCCGGUUGUGAAGCUCAUAGAGGAGGCGAGUUCGAGGGGUCUUAAGGAGGUGCGAUUCAUCACGCUCCAGAACCAGUAUAUCCUCAACAUCAGGGAGGGCUUCCAGCAGAACGCGGUCUUCGGGUUCAGACGUCAGAUCAAGAAGCGGCCCAUGUUUAUGUCGUCUGUGAUGCUUAUACCCCACCUACAGACUUUGGGCGGCCUCUCUUCAUCCCCACUCCCCUGUUCCUCCUCCUCUUCCUCAUCCUCAUCCAUGGAUCUCUCCACGUCGCACCCUCUCUCGCCGACGACCACCAACCCACCCAGCCUUUUUCCUGAAACAUGGUUGCCAAUGACGAUGAGCCAGGACUUCCUGCAGGUGCCGGUGUCACGCGAAGACCGCAGCUACCGGACGGUGUACAGCCUUUUCCACAAGACGGUGUCAGAGACCAAGUUCAGGAUCCUCAAGAUCCAGCGUGUGCAGAACCCCUUCCUCUGGGAGAAGUACAAGAGGAAGAAGGAGUACAUGUCGAGGCGUAUGACAGAGAUGGACCGGCUGCUGAGCGAGCGCCACCUCUUCCACGGCACCUCGGCCGACGUGGUGGAGGGCAUCUGCAAGCACAACUUCGACCCCAGAGUCUGCGGCAAACACGCCACCAUGUUUGGCCAGGGCUCCUACUUUGCCCGCAAGGCUGUCUACUCCCACAACUUCUCCAAGCGCUCACCCAAAGGAGUCCACUGCAUGUUCCUGGCCAAAGUCCUCACUGGCAGGUUUACUGUAGGAAAUCCCUCCAUGAGGCGACCUCCACCCAUCAACCCUCGUGACCCCUCCAGUGACCUUUUUGACUCCUGUGUGGACAACUGGGUGGACCCCCAGAUCUAUGUCAUCUUCAACGAUGACCAGAGCUACCCUUACUUCAUCAUUCACUACGAGGAGGUACCCAGCACUGUCGUCGUCUAAGCCCUGGAUCAGACCUGGAUCUGUCUGUAUUUGCGAAUACUUACUCAUAGUUUGUUUUAGUCUGUUGAGGUGCGAGAUGGGUGGAGUCAAGAUGAAAAGGAACAGAAAUGUACCGUUUAGUACUUUUUGAUGACUGUUGCUUUAACCGACUCUAUUGGAAUCACUUUGUUAGACUAAACUUCACCCAUCUGCUGCUCUAAACAGGUUAAAACAGUCUAGACAUGUUUGCAAAUACACGUUGAUUUAGGUCAACUGGAUCCAACCAGACUGGACUGCAGUAAGGAACAAACAGACUGGUCCAGACCGGAUUAAACUGGACAAAACUGGACUAGCAGAGGACGACACCUGUUUCAUCCAGUGUUCAGAGGUGGAUGACAACUGACAACAGCUGCGAACACAACAGACUUGACUGGACUCAUAAACCACGCCUUGUUAUCUAGUAUGAACAGGAGCUCAAUGGUGAUCAUCGGGACACAUGAGGAUUUUAUCUACCUUAUGAUCUGGAGCAGAUGCAGGAUAAACCAAACCUAGUCCUCUUAUCAUUUUGACUUAGUUGUAUGGCUGUAUGUGAGCUCAGUUCCACAUCAGGACAGACGCUGUAGUAGACAGUUAGCGUCCUGCCAGUACUGUGAAUGACCAACUAGCCGUAUUAUUCUGAGGAAGCAGCAACCAACCAAUCAAACGCUUCCAUAGAGAAAUCAUAGCGACACUGACCCCCCGUCAUUCUUUUACAAAAAUCAUAGUGAGUGUUUACCCAGCCUCCGGCCCAUACAUUUUUUUUGUUGUUUUUUUCAAGUCUAUGUGCUGCGUAUUUGAAACUUUUAAUUUGGUGGACAUGAAUCUUGUGGCCUCUUCAAACAGACAACGGACAUGAGUUUCAGUGGGACUUUUACAAACGGACAUAUUAAUAUAAUAGACACAUAUUGUAAACCUCCGGGCAGAGAGGUUUCACAUGAAGCCAGUGCUGUUCCCUGGUUGGCGUUUUUGCCUUCGCGCCCACCGCUUUAGUUCCUCGCGGGGGAUUGAAGAGUGUACAGUUUCACACUGAGACUCUGUGCUGCUGCAGCGGUGGCGGCGCUGUAGCGUUUUGUCAACAAACCCCCUGAAACUCAUCUCUCUUGGACCGCUCUCUCGCUCAGAGACAGUAGACAUGUUUCUUUGAGACAAACUGUACAGACGUUCUCUUUGUUUAUAUUUGAACUGUGUGCCUUUUGUUCAUAAAAUUUUUAUUUAUGUUAGUUUAAUGUAACAUUGAUUAAAUAAAGAAUCUAAAAGGAAAAAUGA